AUAGAACCAAAUCGCAGCGGUCUAAUCAAUGGCACCCAAAACCCGGCAACGCCGGCGGUACUUGAGGAUUAAUAGGCCUAGAGAACCAAAGAAACAAACCCUAUCAAACAGCCGGAACUGGAUUGAUCUUCCAGACGACAUCACGGCUUCGAUUCUGUCACGUCUGUCAAUGUUCGAUAUCCUUGAGAGAGCUCAGAUGGUGUGCCUGACAUGGCGCCGGAUCUGCAAGGACCCUCUGACGUGGCGCACCAUCCGCAUGGAGUUCGAUAUUCAUCUCCCCCAAGAAAAGGUCAAUGGAAAUUUCACUUCAGACAAAAGAGAAAAGCAUCUGCGCAAGUCAUUCAGUGCACAUAAGAUGUGCCGCCACGCCAUUCAUCUUAGCUUUGGCAAUCUCGUCGAUAUCAGCAUCCGGAACUGUGGCACAGAUGAGCUCCAUCAGCAUAUGACUGACAGCUCGAGGGGAAUCAGACGCCUCAGUAUUGUGUUUUCAGCUCACAUAACAAUGAAGGGACUGAGUAAAGUGGCUUUGAAGAUUCCGCUGUUGGAGGAUCUUGAAAUCUCAUACAUCCCAAAGAGUUGUAACCCUUUCGAACGAUACCCUUACAAAGAACACGAAUCUCUUCAAGUGAUUGGCCAUUCUUGCCCUCUUUUGAAAUCAUUGAGAUGGAACAAGCAUGAAGGGGAUAUUUUCACAUUCAGUGACAAUUGUGAUGCAUUUGCGAUAGCCAGAACAAUGCAUGGCUUACAGAAUCUCCAGCUUUUUGGAAAUUGGCUGAGCCAUCAGGGUUUACACGACAUUCUUGAAGGUUGUCCGCGUCUUGAAUCACUUGAUCUCCGUGAAUGUAUACAUCUUCGUCCUUCAAAGCAAUGGGGUUGGCGCGUCAAAGGUCGUUCACAUCUUGAAGAUUUGAGGACAAGAUGUUUUGAACGAAUUAAGAAUCUGAGGCUUCCUGAGGACUCUACAGAUGAUUAUGAGCAUAUUGUCAUUCAUGGAAUUGUUAACACAGAAUACUGGGAAUAUAUGAAAGAUGUGAUGAUCUAGCUUAGAAUACUUGCUGGAAUGUUGUCUGUUGAAGGAAGUUAUUGUUUUCCUUAGUCCUACGUACUAGGAAGUUGUGAGAAAUACUUGGCUGCGGUGACUCAUAUUCGGCCGCUUGCUAACUGUUCUCUUCACUUAACUUUGAUCUUAAUCAUAUUUUGUUCAAAUACGAAUAGCUAGAAGCUCAAAUUAUAAUAGUGUCUUCCAUGCUCAUGACUACUGUUUUCUAUAUUGUUGAUAGAAGUGGCUGGCUGGCUGGCUGGACUCUUUUAAUCCGAACAAGACAGCUGAGAGCGUCUAGAUAUAGUUAAGCUUAAGGAAAUGGAUUUGAGGGAAAGCUGGUUAAGAUGGUGAGAAUUGGAGAUUGCAAAGCUCAAAACGAGAUGGUGAGAAACGUAACUGGGAAGAUAUACAGAAAAUGGAAUAUUCUUGGGCUGUAGCACUCCAAGAAUCACAGAAGUUGUUACCGACUUCACCUAUGAAGGUUACACAGUUUCAAAAGGAUGGAAUUGUCUCGUUGUUUAAAGGUAUACUGGUCCUCCAGCAGCAGGAAUAAAACUGCAGAGCAUUUUACAUUUUCACAGCACCGGAAGAGUUUGAUCCGAGCAGGUUUGAAAAUGGAAAGGCUGCUCCAGCUUACUCGAACAU